UGACAGAACAGUUGAUGGAAAACAGUAGGGUUCACGUGCAGCAAAAGGAGCCGGCUAUCGAUAAGACAGGAUGCUCGGCUUAGUGGAGUACGGAUGGCAAGGUACCUGGGGAAGCUCGGGCUGGACCCAUCUCCACUGUAUCCAUUGUUUCUUUCAACUUUUUUCUCUUCGACCGCCAUGGGCUCUUUACCCAUUCCGACACCCGCAGCAGAGCUUAUAGACUAUUCACUGGCUUCCUGACGGCACACUUUCGCUUUUCCUUUUCCCAUCACCACCAACCUCUCCGUCGUUCAGACCAAAAAAAAAAACUUGACGAUUUGUUCGGGUCUUGUCUGACGCAGACAGGCCCCUCUUGAUUCUUCUUCAUCAUGUCGGCAGAAAUGGCGAACGAGAUAAAGCUGAUCAGUGGCCGCAGCCACCCCGAGCUGAGCGACAAGAUUGCGAAGCGACUCGGCAUUGAGGUGGCGAGGACCAUCUCCCUCAACUACUCCAACCAGGAAACCUCCUUCACCGUCGGCGAGUCGGUCCGCGACGAGGAUGUCUUCAUUGUGCAGUCCACCGCUACCGGCGACGUGAACGAGGGCUUGAUGGAGCUGUUGAUCAUGAUCUCGGCCUGCAGAACUGCUAGUGCGAGGAGGAUAACAGCUGUUAUUCCCAACUUUCCCUAUGCUCGUCAGGACAAGAAGGACAAGUCCAGAGCUCCCAUCAGCGCCAGAUUGGUCGCCAACAUGCUCCAGACAGCUGGCGCGAACCACAUCGUGACGGUCGACCUCCAUGCUUCUCAGAUCCAGGGCUUCUUCAGUGUCCCAGUCGACAACCUCUACGCCGAGCCCUCUUUCCUCCGCUACAUCAGGGAAAACUUCAACCCAGAAGACUGCGUCAUUGUGUCACCCGAUGCCGGCGGUGCCAAGCGCGCUACCUCGAUUGCCGAUCACCUCAACACCGCGUUCGCUCUCAUCCACAAGGAGCGCCCCAGGCCAAACGUUGUCGGUCGCAUGGUCCUUGUCGGCAACGUUGAGGACAAGGUUGCCAUUCUCGUUGACGACAUGGCUGAUACCUGCGGCACUCUGGUCAAGGCUGCCGCGGUGCUCAAGGAGAACGGCGCCAAGUCGGUGCUGGCCCUUGUUACCCACGGUAUUCUGUCUGGCAAUGCCAUUGAGACCUUGAACGGAAGCGUCCUCACCGCCCUGGUGGUCACCAACACUGUGCCACUCGGCGACAAGGUGCAGAGGUGCCCCAAGCUUCGUGUUAUCGACAUCAGCCCGACCGUUGCCGAGGCCAUCCGUCGUACUCACAAUGGCGAAUCCGUAUCGUAUCUUUUCACUCACGCCCCCGUCUAAAUAUGCGGGUUGGCGGAUAAUUCAUCAUGCAUUGGUAGGAGUUUAAACACUGGUAAAAGACAUGAAAAUGAUGAGAGGUGAGGUGUGAGCGCUGCGUUCUUGAUCCGGGCGGUGGACUGCCACGUCUGUUUGUUCUCAUCUGAGAACUCGUGUCUGUGGCAGGCAGUGGGCAAGUGAAAGUCCAGCCAUCCCGAAUACCAUUCCAGGGGUAUUGCUUUGGCGUUUGGGGAAUUUUCGUACCGGGUAUAAUAGAGACGAUAUGAUUCUCUAAGAAACAAAUAUAUCAUGAUUUUUUGCUGAUCUCA